AUGGGUACCUGUUUCAAGUGCAGAAAUUCUUGUGUUUACGUGGAUGUUACCAAGGAUAAAUCCAUUAAAGACCUCUUCGGUGGACCCUGUGACUUUUGCAGAAACAUUUUCUGCAAGGAUUGCUCAAAACUUACGUCCAGCGAAAUUAGGGCGCUAAUGACACAAUCGCGUGUAAUUGUUUUUUUCUACCAAGACUGCAUGGCCAACAUUAAACAGAUAGGCAACAUUCAAAAGGACUCUGAAGAUAUAAAACUAAAAUUUAGUGCCCUACAGCAGAAUGUUUCCAACAUGAAGGAAGAUAUUCAAAAUCUUCAGUCACAAGUGACCUCGGCGCCUAAAUCCUACGCACAAGCACUAGCUAGCACCACUAGCACUUUGCAGAAGGAUAUUUCUGAUAUUAAAAACUCAGCAGAGUUUAUUUCGCAGUGUUAUGAAGAUCAGAAAACAGAACUAGUUAAGGCCACUGAAACAUUAAAGAAAUAUGACACCGAGAAUAGUGCCCUAAAACAAAAUAUUAAAAUGCUUGAAACCAAAAUGUUUUUCUCUGAACAAAAAGAAAAGGAAAACAAAGUAAUAAUUUCUGGUCUGAAACAAGUAAGCACUGCAAAUAUCUCUGAAACAGUUAAAACUGUCUUUAGACGAUUAAGUUUAGAAUCACUCCAAUAUAAACAAUGCUACAAACUGAAUAACAAAGACAAUUCUCCAAUCCUAGUGGAGCUAAACAACAAGCAGGAUAGAGCAUGCCUAUUCAAAAAACGCAAAGAUAUAGGCAAAAUCUCAGCCGAGUCUUGUGGACUACAUGGCGGCACAAUAUACUUCAAUGAGGACCUUACAAUGGAGAACCAAAAAUUAUUUAAACUUGCCCGAGAUGCCAGAAAACAAAAACUUAUUGGAGCCACCUACACAUAUCUGGGCUUGGUGUAUGUGAAAAAGGAUGCCAACUCGCCUGCUGUCAAGAUAUUAAGCGAGGACAACCUCAAAGAGCUGUACUAA